AAUUAGAUAUUUCUGUAAAUUCAGUGAAAAGUGCGUUAUUUCCAUUUUGCUGUAAAAAUUCAAUUGAAGAGUUCAUUGCAGUGCACGUAAUAAUACAUGUAUAUAGUGAAAUUACAUAUCGCAAUUUAAAGCUACGCCCAAAUGUACUCUUUCUGAUUGGACAUAGCGAACAUUGACCCAAGUAACAAAGUCUAAAUUGACACAUCGUCCUUUUUAAAAAUCAUAUCAAUACUACUGUAUUAAGUGCUUUCACACAAGACAAUAUUUCUUAUAAGAAUUAAAUCUACCACUGCGCCAAUCCUCUCGCCCCUUCGGUUUUGUUGGAAAGUCUCUUCUACUCAGCUGGUUGCUGUCGUCGGCAGUAGUUGGCUAUUUAAUACGUAGACGCACUAGAAAGGCAUACGUUUGUCUAAAAUCAUCGCUUUCUUUUGACUAGGUUUCGUGCUUUUCGCGUUAGUGAUUUUGCAUUUUUUGCUUCUGCAUCUUCGCCAUUCGCUCGACACUCUGGGUAUUUAGUGAAUCAACAAUGGAGAAGUGUGUUUUCAUUUCUAUGAAUUGAGUAAAGCUACAGGAAAAUGUCUGGCUAUGCGAAUACCAAUUACGGUCCUCCGCCCAUGGGGCAAACAAAUUUUGUGAAUGGUUUACCAGCUACACAGCAGCAGCAAAUGACCCAAGGUAUUGCUGGUGCACCACCGCCGGCAUUCACUGCGUCUCAACAGCAACAACAACAACAAAUACUACAACAGAAACAACCACAACAGCAGCAAUUGCUGUCGCAGCCUGCUCCAACGUUGCAAAGUAAUAUGAGUAAAUUUUUACCACCAACGUCAAAUUCUGCGUCAUCCGCAAUUAAUGGACCAACGAGACCGCUAGCAACAGCAGCACCAGCUAGUAAUUUGCCGCCACAUAUGCGACCGCCUGGCAUCAACGGUCCACCGGGCGGCGGUAUGCCAUUGACCAAUGGUGGUGGCGGUAGUGGAGAUUUGAGCACGAACUCUUCACGCACAGCAUCGCCUUCACUGGCGCAACAAGCACAGUUUGGUGGAUAUAAUGCAAAACCGCCAAUGAGUCAUGCGCCCAUCGGCAUUGUGACACCAAGUAAUCCUCAGUAUGCGUCAGCCGGUGCUGCAGGUUUGUCGGGCAGUAUGCAAAAUUUAAGUAUUAAUCGUACCAAUGGCGUGGCGUCAGCGAACAUGCCUCCACCAACGACUGUGCAACAACAGCGACAGCCAUCAAUACCGACAAGUCAGCCGCAGCAACAGCAGCAGCAACAGCCGUUCCCAAGCAACUAUCAGGCCAAUUUCCGCACUAAUGCCAUGAAUGCACCGACACCUUUGUCUACACAACCACCAGCAUCGCAAGCAAACGUUCCGCCACCACACACGAGCGCACCUUACGCCGGUGGCAAGCCCCUCCAACCACCAACAUCAUACACGAAUACAUCGUUCAGCCAAGCAGCACCAACGCAAACUUUGAACGCUGUCGCGGGUGCGCAACCACCACCACCAACAGCCAGCAAUGCCGUUAUGUUCGGAACAUCGCGUUCGCAGCCAACUUUAGUAAAUGCGCCACCAAGUGCACAUCCACCGCCGCCACAAGCAGCGACACUUACGAAUGCUAAUUAUGCAACUGGCCCUGCAGGUGGUGCCAUGCAGCCACCACUGCCACCCACAAGUGCCGCUGCUGCAACAGCCCUACAACAAAAUCAGUUGAACAACAAUACCCAACAACAAACAUCGACGCUACGCAAACCGAUGUAUCCUACUGGACCACCACCAAUGCUGGCGACCACACCGCAACAGCAACAACAGCAGCCACAACAACCUUAUGCACCAGUGUAUCAACCACAACCACAACCGGGACUAUUCAAUGGACAGCCGAGCACAGCACCAUUGCAAUAUCAAUCACAGCCUUAUAUGCAGCAACCGCCGCCGCCGCAAGUGCAGCAGCAGCAAUUCUCUCAGCAGCCGCAGCAGCAACAACAAAACUUUCCUAUACCCAGCGGUGGCGCAUACAAUCAGCAAAUGAGUGUCACACAGUCGGGUUUCAGUCGUCUAUGGGGUCAGGAUACCAUUGAUUUGAUGCAAAAUCGUCACAUUUUGUCGCCCGCCACACUGACACCUCCCCGCAUUGUGCUCAACAAUCAAUUCCACGAAUCGAUUAAUUGCAAUCCAAACGUAAUGCGCAGCACCAUCGCCAAAAUACCCGAAAGUAAUGCUUUGCUACAAAAGUCUCGUUUGCCAUUGGGCAUUUUGAUACAUCCAUUCCGUGAUAUUAAUCAGAAUUUACCAGUAAUUCAAUGUCCCAGCAUCGUGCGUUGUCGUUUGUGUCGCACGUAUAUAAAUCCUUUUGUUUACUUCGUCGACAGUAAAAUGUGGAAGUGCAAUCUUUGUUAUCGUGUCAAUGAAUUGCCUGAUGAUUUCCAAUUCGAUCCGGCAUCGAAAACAUAUGGUGAUGUAACACGUCGUCCGGAAGUGCGUUCCAGCACUAUCGAAUUUAUUGCGCCCUCUGAGUACAUGUUACGCCCACCGCAACCCGCCAUCUAUUUGUUCCUCUUCGAUGUUUCUAUUAUUGCCCAACAAAGCGGUUAUCUUGAGAAUAUUUGCGCAACACUGAGCAAACACCUGGAUGAGAUGCCAGGCGAUGCACGCACACAAAUCGGUUUUAUUGCAUACAACAGUCAUGUGCAUUUCUACAGCAUGGCUGAGGGCUAUAAUCAGCCGCACGAACUAACGUUGCUCGAUGUUGAUGAUCCGUUUCUGCCGCGCCCUGACAACCUAUUGGUCAAUUUGAAGGAGUGCAAAGAAUUAGUAAAGGAUUUACUAAAACAACUGCCUAAGCGUUUUGCCGAUACACACGAUCCGGGUUCAGCGCUCGGCUCUGCAUUGCAGGUUGCUUAUAAGCUGAUGCAAGCAUCAGGCGGUCGCGUAACUGUUUUCCAAACGUGCCUUCCCAAUAAAGGACCCGGUUCGCUGGAACCGCGUGAAGAUCCCAACAAUCGUUCUGCCAAAGAUGUGGCUCAUCUAAAUCCUGCAACAGAUUUCUAUAAGCGCUUUGCAUUGGAAUGUUCGGGCUAUCAAAUUGCUGUUGAUUUGUUUCUACUGAAUCAACAGUACAGUGAUAUGGCAACGAUAUCGGGCAUCAGCAAAUAUAGUGGCGGUUGCGUGCAUCACUUCCCGCUCUAUCAGAAGACGAAGCCACAAAUUGUAGACUCAGUCAGGCAAUGCUUCAAACGCUAUCUGGUGCGUAAGAUCGGUUUUGAGGCGGUUAUGCGUAUACGCUGUACACGCGGCUUACAGGUGCACACAUUCCACGGCAAUUUCUUCGUGCGUUCAACCGAUUUACUUUCAUUGCCGAAUGUCAAUCCAGAUGCAGGCUAUGGCAUGCAGAUUUCUUACGAGGAGUCAUUGAGUGAAGCGAAAACAGUCUGCUUCCAAGCCGCACUGCUGUAUACGAACAGUGAGGGUGAACGUCGCAUACGUGUGCAUACCAUAUGCCUACCGGUAACCGCCUCACUGCCCGAAGUUAUGCAUGCCGCCGAUACGGAAGCCAUAAUUGGUUUGCUUUCGAAAAUGGCAGUCGAUCGGUCGCUGACGUCGAAUGUUGCCGAUGCGCGUGAGGCGUUCAUCAAUGCCACUGUAGAUAUAUUCAAUGCAUUUAAGAUUGCACAAAAUCUACCAUCCGGACAGACUGGUCAAUUGAUUGCGCCGCGCAGCUUGGCAUUGAUGCCGUUAUAUAUAUCGGCGUUACUCAAACACCCCGCUUUCCGCAUCGGCACCAGCACUCGUCUGGAUGAUCGUGUAUAUGCGAUGGACUGCAUGAAAACUUUGCCAUUGGAUCAAUUAUUGAAAUUCAUUUAUCCAGAAUUUUAUUUAAUCGACGCACUUUUCUAUCAGAAUGCGAAUGCAGUGGAAGACGAUGAGGAAGAAGAUUUACCGGAAUUGCCGCGUUUGCAGCUAUCGGCUGAAUUCUUGGAUUCGCGUUCAAUAUUUUUGUUGGAUUGUGGUCUGCAAAUUAUCAUCUAUGUUGGCCUCAAUGUGCCCGUCAAUGUGCUGGAAAGUGUAUUUGGUGUUAAAUCGACCGCAGAAAUUCCUGACUAUUUGUAUGGCUUGCCAAAUGUAACAAGUCCGGCCAAUGAUAUAUUAAAACGAUUUAUAUUGCGUUUGAAUGAUGACAAACCGUAUCCGCCAAUGGUACAGAUUAUAAGGGAUACAAGUACGGCCAAGCCACAGUUUAUUGAGAAAUUAGUCGAUGAUCGUAGUGAAUCUAGCUUAUCGUAUUAUGAAUUUUUGCAACAUAUACGGACUCAGGUUAAAUAGUAUAUUAUAAGUGGAAAUUAAACGGAUUAAUUGAUUACAAUACAAUAUACAUACAAGCAUACAUACAUAGAUACAAUAAUUUAAAGAAAUUAGCCACAAAUGAUGAUGAUGAUGAUCGAAAGAUAACAAAUACAAAACGGGAUUUAUUAUCGUAUGCAUGUAAACAUUUACUUAUAAUUAUAAAUACAUACAUACAUAUAUUAUACAUAUAAACAAACAAUAAAUUCGCUAAACUAUUAAGUAAUACUA